CAAAUCCCGUCAUUUGAACAAUCUCGCGAAAACGGUUUUCUCCAAGAUCUUCAACACGCAGAAGGAUGGUGUCGAAACCAUCAGUCGUUUCAAGCAGCCACUUGGUAUUAAGCCCCUCUCUCCCCUCCGUGACAUGAACCACCAGCUUCCGGCUCCAAUGUCGUCUUCAGUUUCCAGUCAUCAGCAUGUCGCAGCUUCUCCUGGCUCCAAGAGGCGUCUUUUUGUCGAUAAGAAUACUUCAUCUUCCCUCAAGAAACCCGCGAUUGCUCAAGAAUCCUCCUUGGACAAGAAUGUUUCUCGGCUGACGUUGAAGAAAUCAUGCGAGAUCCUCGAAUGUGUUAAUCGAGUGGAACAGAAAAUUUAUCGACUGUUGGCCUUCCAGGACAACCAACACAUUGAAGACCUCUUCGACGAAGUUAUGAAGUUGCCUGUUGACGACUGUGACAGCUGGCAGAUGCUGGAGGAUCUUUUGAUGGACAAACGCAAUUGCAUCAAACUGGUUUCAAAAUAUUCGACAUUGGGUGGCAGUGACCUUGGUGACUUCGUCCGCCGUAUAUGGGCAGCCCUUGUAACGGACAAAUUUGGCUGCGAGUUGUCGUGAAUAGGAAGAGAUAAGAAGAAAAUUGCCGUAAAAGGAUCAAAUUGCUUCUCUCU